CUCUGUGAUGUAGGCUUACUGUGUGUGUAAACUUACAACUGUUGUUGUGGAGGAGCUAAGACUAAGAGUUGUUGCACAAACAGGCGUGACAGUGAUACUACCGUACGAAAAUGUCAAGCAGGGCUUUAAGACGUCUUCAAGCAGAUUCUGGUCUCUCAGACUUCCAUGUGGAUGCUCCAAACGGAAUAUCAGAGGACAGUGACGUUGAGAAUGAUGGAGAUGGAGCUUCAGAAUGCAAUGCCAAUGAUACGAAUUUUACGAAAAAGGGAAAACGAGACAGAAGGAAGAAGCAAAAGAACGCCACUCUAAAUCCUUUUGAAUUGCUGAAUGAACCAGACAAUGAGGAACCAGAAGAGAAUGAAGUUGAGGAACCUGAUCCAGAACUGGAGACAACAUCUGUUUUGAAGACAGAGGCGAAAGGUGCCAAGAAGAAAAAGAAAAAAAAUAAGAAGGGAAAAGAAAAGGUUGCUCCUGAUUUGAAUGGUGGAUGUUCAGAGAAGGACCCCAUAGAUGAAGUGGAAGCAUCAGUGCAAGAGGUGAAUAGGAUUUUAGGAGACCCAGGCACUGCUUGUGCAGCUGAGGACAGAUCCUCAAUACAGUUCUCUGUCAACAUGAAACCUUUGCUGCACAUAGACUACAGGAAUCUUAAUCCAGACACAGAGAUGAAAAGAAUGUUUGGUUCAGAUCUUUUCAGAGGAGAACAGCAGCAAAGGCACCGGAGACGGAGAAAUCGACCCGUGUUGCGCAGCACAAAGCUAGUCCAAGUCAAAGACACCUGGCAUAGUACUGGUGGCUCAGGUCUAUCCAUGAAAUAUUUGGGUGAAGAAAAUGGAUUUGUGUAUGAACAUUCAUCAGCCUACCAGAAAUUUCAACACAGGUUUUUGGAUGGCAUUGAGUCGGGAUACCCAGAGAACAUUUUCAAUAUUUUGCAAGAAAACCCAUACCACAUAGACACACUGAUCAGCUUGGCAGAUUUCUACAACAUCAAUGAGGAUUUCCAGACAGGAGCAGAAUGUAUAGAAAAAGCGCUGUAUGGAAUGGAGUGUGCAUUCCACUCUAUGUUUAAUCUGGCAGCCGGAAACUGUUUUUUAGAUUUCAAAAGAAGGGAGAACAGAGCAAUGUUCAUUUGCCUAUUCAAGCACAUCGUAAACCUAGGUCAAAGGGGUUGUAAUCGCACAGCCUUUGAAUUCUGCAAAGUCUUGUUGAGUUUAGACCCGUCAAAUGAUCCCUUGAACUGCCUCAGCAUGAUUGACUACUAUGCCCUUCGGUGUGAACAGUAUGAUUAUUUGCUUCGGUUAGAAGCAGAAGUCUCAUAUUCCUCGACCCAGCUUCAGACACCUAAUUUUGCCUUUUCUGUAGCCUUGGCCCACUUCAAACUGGCUUUGCGAAGCAAUGGAGACACAUCUAAAGCUGACAAAAUGCUCCAAGACAAACUGUUGCUGUACCCAAUGAUGCUGUUGCCGUUGCUGGACAAGUGCUCCAUUCAGCCCGACAAGCGAGUCAGUUCUCACAAAUUCUUCCAUUCGGAUCCGGCGCAUGAGAAGUCAAAUGAAUUGGGACGACUAGUGCAGCUCUAUGUUCGUCGCUGUGAGGCAUGCUGGAAAGAGUCAGGAGUGCUGCAGUGGCUGGAACGCAAUGUCAACACAGUCUUAGACAUUGUGGAUGAAGGAGUUGACAGCAGGCUAGAGACGUAUCCUGCGUUACGGCGACAGCAGUUCAAGCACCCGCCUCCCAGCAUUCUCAGACAUUACCAUCUGUCUGGCAUUGCUGUUCCAUCUAAUGUGUCCAACAGAACUGUGUAUGGCCAUGAUCCAUAUCCUCCAUCUGACAGCAUAGCUGGAUAUACCAGACCCCCAAGACCAACGAGAGCUGCUGGGAGUGAUCAAGGAAUGCUGAGCCUACUUCUUGAAUCAUUGCUGCCUUCUUAUAACCCAUAUGAGCUUGUUGAUGUGAACAGCCGUCGCCGACAGAAUCCUCAAGAAAACGGAUUUGCUAUGGGAGCUAUGGACGAUGGUUUAGGAGAUGAUCUGGGUGGUGCUGGGGCUAGAGCGAUACCGCAACAGCUGCAGACCAGCGUCAACGCUAUCAUGGAUGCCAUGAGACAGCUGCUGAACCGGGCUGUGGCCAUACCCAAUGCUGAUGAACAGGGGGAAGCAGACGAAGAGAAUGAACGGGCGUGGGAGGAGGAUGAGGAGAACUAUCAAAAUGAUCAUUAAUCUUAAUUAAAGAAUGACAGCUUAUUACUCUGUUAUGGAUAUCGCUAAUACGGGGUGCCCACUAUGGCUGGAUCGGGCCGAUCGCCUGAAACUGAAAACAAACACGUUUGUUUUUUAGGCGAUUGAGUCGCGGCGAUUGGCCCGAUCGGCGGAUCCCAGCCGUAGAGGCACCCCGUAUUAGCCUCAUGCAGGGGUGGGAUUUCGUGGGACUUUUCUUUAAUUUGGGAUUUCUUUUCUCUUAUUCCUAGGUCUAUCACUUCUAGCAAAAGUUGUUAGCGAUCCAGAUUCUAACAAAAGAACAUUGAAAUUUUUAUGUCCUUUUUUGCAGAGGUAAAAUCUUUUAUACUGAGUUGCCUUUUUUGGUGAAGUGAAAGUGCUUCAACAGAAAUCAGCUGUGAUAUGAAAAAAUAUCCCUGUUUUAUUUCUUAUUUGUCUUUGUAUUAGCUGAAAUGCUCCUAUAUCUAAACAGAAAAAAAGUUUCAAGGGUUAUAUCAUCUUAAUCUUCACUUGCAACCCUCACGUAAUGCAGAUCAUCAAGUGUUACACACUUCAAGAUAGCAAAAGAGAUGCGAGAACUCGUAUGUGUUGAUUGCAGACCAAAGAGAGGCCUCACCAGUGUACCGUUUGCCUACAUUUAUCAUACAAAUGAAAAGACCUACACUCUGUGUAUAGUGACACAGAUUGUUUCUGUGAAGCAAGUUCAGUGCACAAGAACAUGUGACGGCAUGUGUCUUCUCUUGAGCCAAAAAGUCCAUGGUUUGUUUUUACUAGACUCAUGACAUUUUUUUCCUUAUGUUAGUAAAAGACAUUCAAAGUUUAUGUCUAUGGCCAUCUAUUGCUGCAUCCUUUUUGUGUGCAUUUGUAGAACUUAUCAGGAGACAAGAAGAAAUUAAGAACCUUAAUGAAAAUCCUGAUUAAGGCCAGUGGAAGACCAAUUGGUUGCAUUUAAGUGUUUCAUUUAGACUUUUGUCUUACCAUCGUCUAUGUUUGGUGGUGGUGAUGGAUAUUGUGCAGUGGAGGUUUUUGCUACGUACUGAAAGUUCUUAUGUAUAAGAGAGAUAUAUAUAUAUGUAGUCUAGCAUGCACAAAGCAAAACACAUAGGCCUACAUAGCAAACAGAUUUUAUUUUUAGAUCCCAAAUUUUCUCUUACAGUUGUGUGUUCUUUGUAUUUAAAAACACAUACAUAACAAAAUUCGUUGCAUAUUAAUGAAAAGAUUUCCACGUCCGGCCAAUUUGCUAUAUGCGUGCUAAACUGUAUAUAUAUACCAUAUAUAAACUUUUGUUUUGGCUCCCUAAGACACAAGCCAGUACUAUGCAUGUUUUCUUCAUUUGCUAAUUUGACACUUGAUUCUUUUGAGACUAGUGUUAAGGUAUUUAUGAAUUUAUGAGGGUUAAUGAGAGUCUUGAAUUCUCUACCGCUUUCAACUUGUCGCUUUUAAUUUUGUCUUUCAUUGUGCAAUUUUUUCUCUCCAUCUCAUGUUAUGAGUAACACAACAGAAUAAAUGUUGUGAUCAUGUCCGUUUAUAUUUAGACUAUUUAGUUUAGUUUUAGUAAAAGUUUUAUGGCGCUCACAACUGCAUAAGGUUAUAUGAGCGCCAGAAGAUUAGAGGUGUUACAAGAGAGUAACAAAC